AGCGGACCCCGGCCCGUGACGUCACGCAGCGUCUGUAUUUGCGGAAAUGCUGUGUUUCAGUGCAGUGGUGGGGCUUGAGUUCAGAGUCCAGCUGCUCUCACAGCCGACAAGAGAAGGUCCUGUUACAAACAAAUGAUGAAAUGCACACAUCAGACUUAAAGUAGUGAAGUGUGUCAACAAGAAACGCGAGAAGAGGGGCGUAGAAGUGACAAACUAUGUAAGAAGGACAAGGAAGCAGCGUUGCUCCGGGUGAAGAAUGUGACUAACAGCGUUUUUAUUAAGGACUUUUCCCAAGUUACUUCAGCUGAUGUAUUACUUCCCCUAAAGUGAAAAAUGAAGGAAAAAACGGAUGAAAGAGACUUUUGGAGGAACUCUUGUGAAUUUUAAGAGUGCCUGUUCGUCGUCAAGCAGAUGCUCAGAUGUCUCCUGCUCGCUUUUCUCUGGAUUUCACCUCAAACUAAACUUCACUCAUGGGCCUCUUUCCAGCCAUGUCCAAAAUCAUACGGAAGGGGAAGUGUCUGUUUCUUCUGCUGUUGUGUCUGUGUGUUGUAGCGUGGAUAGCAACACUGUCAAAUGAUGACACGGUUAAGCCUGUGCAGGAGGGAUCAAAUCCUCCUGAAGAUAAGAGCGUCGAGGGGUUUGCUAAGCUGGAGCUGGAAUCAGAGAUGGUGCGGAGCAUAGAGGAGCGUGUAGAAGAGCAGUCUGCCAAAGAGAGCUGUCCAGAGCGUUCACCGCUGCUCAGAGGUGCUUUCAAGCUGUCAUUUGAUCCCUCGCUGACGAUAGGGCAGGUAGAGAGUGAAAACGGGGAGGUCGUGGAUGGUCAGUAUUACCCGUCUGACUGUACGGCCAGGCAGAGCGUGGCCAUCCUUAUACCACACAGAAACAGAGAGAAGCACCUGCUCUACCUCCUCUACCACCUUCACCCAUUCUUACAGAGACAGCAGCUUCACUACGCCAUCUAUGUCAUUCACCAGGCUGGAGAUGCUACAUUUAACCGGGCAAAGUUAUUAAAUGUUGGCUACCUCGAGGCUCUGAAAGACCACAGCUGGGACUGUUUCAUCUUCCAUGAUGUUGAUCUAGUUCCUGAGAAUGAUCAUAAUUUAUACAUGUGUGAGGAUCAGCCUAAGCACUUGGUUGUGGGAAGGAACUCCACUGGGUACAAACUCAGAUACAAAGGUUACUUUGGAGGAGUUUCUGCCAUGACGAAGGAGCAGUUUCACAAGGUGAAUGGCUUCCCGAACUCCUACUGGGGCUGGGGUGGAGAGGACGACGACCUGAGAAUAAGGGUGUCGCUGCAGAAAAUGUCAAUAAUCCGUCCAUCCCCGGAAGUAGCACGCUACACCAUGGUUUUCCACAAGAGGGACAGCGGCAAUCAAAUCAAUAAAGACAGGAUGCAGCUGCUACGUCGUACUCACCAGGCGUGGAAGACCGAUGGUUUGAACACCUGUUCCUACAAGAUCCUGUCCGUCCAAAGAGCACCGCUCUUCAUCAACAUCACGGCGGACGUCGGCCGGCCGGAGCGCGCUCAUUGAGCCGGGUUUUUGGACACUGAAAUUCAAGAGACAGUCCGCAUUAAAAACCCAGCAUUCACCGGUGCCUGGCGGAUCCAGUACUAGGUGUACGGAUCGCACUACGGAUCUGUCCAACCUCCCUCUUUCAUGGCAAGGCCUGAGUUCUGAUCAAACACUGCUUUAAGUAUUACAAUAAUCAAGUAGAACUGAAUUAGUCUGAUCAUGUAAACCUUUCAGGGUCGAAAUGAAAACACUCUCCGUUCCCUCUAGUUAUGAAGCUACGGGUUUAUGGAAAGUGUUCUGCGUGACUUGUAUUUGUCGUUACAGAAAACGGCACAGCGUCUGGGGAAAAGAGAGCACAGAACAGCUGCACCUGACAGGUAUACACGAAGUAGACUUAAAUAUCGAUAUAGACAUGAUCGUACAUGGGCAGAGGAGUUUUGCUCGAGUCUUUAGAGCAAGUCUGCAUGUUCUGUGAUGAUGAUUCCAGCUGAACAUGCUCAUAAUAUCUGUCUGGUGGAAAAUUGUAGAUAUUGUAGUAGGUGUUUGGGUCCAAUGAUUUGGUUUUAAUCAGUUCAGUUUCAUUUCAGUGAAAUGUAGCUGUAGAUGGGUUCAUUAUUUUACGUUUUGUUUUUAAAAUGGUUUAGACAAAAUGGCUAUUCACUCUUUAAUGACCAGAGAAAAGGGACUUCUGUUUACUUGAGCUAAUAUCGUUUUAUCGCUGUGAUCUUUUCCAUUUCUUUUUUUUUUUUUUUUUAAAAACCGCACAUGUGGUCACAAUCAGAAUUUGCCAGAAUUUAAAAUGAUCCAUAAAACAAAGUACAUUACAGACAAACUCUUGGCGUACAAUUGAUACAAAAAAAAAAAUACUACUUUGCUCCGUUUUUCCUCAAAACUUUUACAAAUGAUUUGGGUGUUGUAACUGUGAACGUUUUAUGUAUUUUAUGCUGCGCACAAAUAAUGGACAGACGUUUGCGAAUAUUAAUGAAAACUUUGCAUGAACAGGGUACGCGUUAGUAACCCCGGGUUUUUAUAAAACGGCAGUCAAAGGGCAGGCCCGUGUUCUGCAGAAGACAAAACGGUUACCUGACAAGAUUACCACUUGAGAAGUAUUCACUUUUAAACACUGAACAGCUACUUUGAAAUUGUGAUUUUUAAAAAAGGAAACUAAUAUAAUGUGUAGUUUGACAUCUUGAGAUUUUAGUUAAGCACUCUUUUGCAAGAGUUUUGUACCCUUUUCAUGGAAAGUGCCUACCGCUGAUACAGUGUUGAACCUGUGUGCGUCGGCUGUUGGGAAAAAGCCAGUUCACUGAUGUUAAUACUGCAAUAAAGAAUGACAUUAAACAGA